UGUGGGCAUGUUUAGACCACCUCUUAAUAUAGCUCACAGUGAAUUAACCAACUUCACGCAUUGAUUAGAGGUGUUUUGAUUCUGUUAUGCUAAAUACGUAGCGGUUUUAGUUUUGUCGUCUUUGGCGAACGUUGGUCUAUAAUAAUAAUUUACGCUACUGGCCUUAAUUGUGGUCCAUAAUAUUCACACCUUAUCAGAUGACAAAUUGACAAGUGUCGGAUUUAAACAGUAGCGUUUUGUACAAAUGUAAAGUGAACGAAAGAUAGAGGAGGGAUUUAAAAACUGGACUGGCUUUAUAAAGCUGUGAACUGCGGUGGUUGCGGAUUAAGGUUUCAAAAAGGAUUCUGUGCCUAUGUUUAUGAGUAGUAGGUAGUUAACUUUAGAUUAGGUGUUUUAAUACUAGCUAUGGUUGUUAAUAAUAAUUAUAGAUUAACUAGUAGACUAGCCAUUUUAUUUAGUGUUUUGUCUGUUGUAUACUCGUAUACUGGUUUAGCUGAUAUUAGAGCUUUUCAUAGAACAAUACUCGAACGGCAUAAUGAAUACAGGAGGAAUCAGAGGGCUUCAAAUAUGCGAGAAAUGGAAUGGGAUGAAUCUUUAGCUAUUCAAGCAUCAACUUAUGCUCAACAAUGUAAUUAUCAACGUCCAAAACGAAGUCCAGAUCAUGGCGAAAAUUUGCAUUUCGAAUCAGGAUAUGUCAAGAGCUGGCAUUCUAUACGUAAAAGUAUUCGUAGAUCAAUGAAUAAUUGGCAUAGAGAAAUGCAAUAUUUUAGAUAUGGUAGAGACUGUGGUAGUGCUUGUUCCUUUGUACAGAUGAUUUUAGCAGAUAGUUAUAAAGUUGGUUGUGGUUUAAACAGAUGCCGAACUAUGACGUAUGGUAGAACACAACGUCGCCAUGUUUCUCUAUUUGUCUGUUUUUACGCACCAAAGGGUCAGCUAAUUGGUGAUUAUCCCUUUAAGAGAGGUCCGGUCUGUUCACAGUGUCCACGAGGUACCCAGUGUCGACAAAAUUUAUGUUCCAACUCAAAUAGUGCUGGAUCACCAUCUAAUAUUAUAGAACCUAAUCCACCCAAAUCAGCCGAUUCAGUGGUGGGGCCCAUAUUACCCGAUUCAGGACCUUUAUCAAGUAGUGAUCAACAUUACCUUGUUCUAGUUCAUAAUAGAAUGAGAGAAAGGCGGAGAUUACCCGAAUUAACAUGGAGUAGUAUUUUAGAACUAUGGGCAUCCUAUGUGAUCAGAUGUGAUACUGAAUACCCAGGACCAGAAACAUCAUACUCAAACUUCGGUAAAAUAGACAGAAGCCAACCUGUGUAUCAGUUAGUAUAUGAAUGGGGUGACGAAGGAGAUGAUGUGUAUAUCCAUCUUGAAUCAGGCUGUAGAACACCAAGUGACAGUCAACAAUGUAACCAUAAUACAAAUAUAAUGGAACGGUCAAUAACAAGAAUAGGAUGUGCUGCAAUGGCAUGUGGUCGUAAAAGACAACUUACCUGUAUCUAUGACAAUAGAACUAUCUAAUCUAUGUCUUUAUAAUACAUUAGAUAAUCAAAACAUUCCAUGACAAUUGGUGCAUUUCCAUUUUCCAGGGCUUUUUAUUUUACAUUUCUUACGGCUAAGUUUAUUCAUUUAUUUCGAUCAUUUACUUGAUGAAUAUAUUAUGCCACAACUCUAUAAAUAAACUUCGCAUUCUGACAUUCCAAAUUAUUUCUUAAGAACGUUUUAUAUAUUAAUAUUAUAUUUCUUUAAAACAAAUAGUCAAAAUUUAAAUAUUUAUAUUUAUAUUAAAUAACCUCAUAAUAAUUAUUUUAAAUUUUUGUGUUUAAAUUCAUUUAGUCCUUUCACUCUUGUUAAAUACUUUUACCAGCCCUUUUAAAUGCUGUUGGUUUAUACAUGUAUAAUAAUAAAUAGAUAUGUCGUCAUUUAAGAGCUAUGUGUUCACUGCAUAUACAUGUACAUUACAUGUACAUUACAUGUCCCGGGUAUUAUUAUCUGCAUACUAUUUUUCUAACGGAAAUCCAAGUAUCAACUUGAUUCAAAUUCGCACAAUCAUCACAUGCAAACACGUAUGGUUUACGUACUGAUCCAGGUAACUUCGAAAUAUUAAUGGCAUAUUUGCUCAGGAAAUCCUUUCGUAGUAUAUAAUUAUGUAAGCACUAUUAGUAGUCAUUUUAAAACAAAUUGUGCAUUUUGUUGGUGUGACGAUUUUAAGUGCCAAUAGUUCAUCUUUAAAUUAAAAACCGUACUAGUGUAUUGAAGUUUUUUAUGGACAAGCCUCUAUAGAUGAUUUAGUUUCACAUACUAUAACUUAGGAUGUAUUGAUAUUAUUAUAUAAAUAUAUUAUUAUUUUAUAGGCCAUUAUAAUGUUACUGUAUCUUAUCUUAUAAGUAUUAUUUAUAACUAUAUGUAUUAAUAUUAUUAACAUGUUGUAUAUCUAUGUCAUAAUAAAAUGUAACAUAUGUA